AGAAGCUAUCGGCCAAGUCUUGCUUUGUAUUCAGGCGGAGCUUGCAAACUCAAGCAAGUUCCAAAGUUCUGACGACAAGGUCAAGGAGAUAAAGGUCGUCAUUGAUUCACUCAUUGAAGGUGUUGGGAUGGUGGACCGCCAAGCUGACCUGGACCAGGAUAGGCCCCUUUCUUCCUUAUCUGGUACCUCAGAAGGAAGUUGGUCAAACUGGAGUGAGGAGAGCCUUCCUGAAGAGUCUGUGGUCAUACCAGAGGUCUCCACUGAAGCCCCCAUGGCAGCAGACACAUUGGUGGCUGUGAACAUUGACUUGAGUGCUUUGCCUCAGGAUGAGGCUUCUGCAUGUGUACCGCAUGAAACCGUAGUGAGGGCUGUGAACAGCAUCACCUCGACGCUCGGCUUGCAAAACGAGGAGAGCUCCAGCCCGCUCUCUCAGGGUCAUCUAACCUCAGUGUGGAAGAGAUUAGAAAAGGCUCUUUCCCAGGGACAUAUUCAGCCCUCUCAUGACCUGAUUGAGGACGUUUACCAGAUUCUCCUGAAGGGUAGACAAACUGUUGCUGCUGCAAAGUCUGCCUCCGAUUCUGCGCUUGUUGCCAUGAAACAGGCCCAGGAUGUACCUCAAGGAGCCAUGGUUAGCCAGAUUGUAGGAAUGUUCGCACAGGAGUGUGUGAAGGAUUUAUUUCUGCCUUGCUUCAAAUUGCCCUCGUCAUGGAAGUCAGGUGCAGGUGCCCCCCUGAGGUCAGCCGCUGCCUCAGUGUCCUGUCCAGGUGGCCUAAGCUCCAUGGCCAGAAACGGAGAGGACCGCGCCGCGGAAUCACCGUCUCAGAUUCUGGCAGAGGUACUGCAGGUUGCCAUGGAUGUGAUGGUAGCUGACGUCAUGAAUAUAAUCUCCCUGGCAACGCGUAAGCCUAUGGAUAUGGAAACUCUGUUGAAGGAGUCUGGUUUUCCCGAUGUUGCCUUCAACACACCAGAUUUAGGACUCGUGGAGGACGAGAAAUGUGCAGACAGUCAGGAAGGUUCUACGGACUACUCCAGCCUUGUGUCUGUGCUGAUGAUUCGCCUGCUGUCAAAGCUACAAAAUGAGGAUUCACUCUCUGAUGAUAUGCUGGAUCAAUGCAGCAAACUCAUCAACAAGGUGCUCUCUGAGCUCACAGCAGCACUUGGCGUCUCCAAGACUGACUUUUGCCCUGCUGGUGUCAACAUUCGCAAAGUAUUCAAAGUUAUCUACAAUGACCUCCUGAGUGAAUAUGGAUCAAAGAACAGUGUCCUGUUGGCCUUGGAGGUAGAGGACCCCUCAGUAGAGAAGACUGUUGUGAGAUCUUUGAUUAGCGAGAUUACGACUGAUGUGACAAAUGAUAAUGUCGCUAUACCUAAGAAAGACAAGAGAAGGAAGGGAUGCUUUCAGUUCCUUCCAAAUUUGAAGAAGAUGAAGUCUUGCCUUAAGAGAAACAAGUCAGGCAGCCAAAAAAAUGCCAACACAGAUGGAACCACAGCAAUCAGCACCACUGACAAUAUUGCCGUUUUCCCAGAGUCCUCUGCCUGUGCGGCCCCUUUGGAUGAGGAGCCAUGCUCUGCCUCUGGCUCACCUGAGAAGAGACACUCUCUCUUCACCCGCAUCAGAUCUCUCUUUAAGAGGAGGUCCUCUGCGGUCUCGCCAGGGCAGCUCAACUAACAACUUGAACCAACCAAACCAAAAAACUUGAAUUUAAAUGUAUUCUUUUACUUUUUGAACUUCUGCUAUUUUUUCUCCUGUGCGGUCGCUUUGGAUGAGGAGCCAUGCUCCACCUCUGUCUCACCUGAGAAGAGACGGACUUUCUUAACCUGCAUCAGAUCUUUCUUUAAGAGGAGGUCCUCUGUGGUCUCGCCAGGGCAGCUCAACUAACAACUUGAACCAACCAAACAAAAAACUUACAUUUAUUCUUUUACUUUUUGAACUUCUGCUAUUUUUUUUCU